AUGCCAGAGACAGAUGGACGGGCAGACGGGGAGAGGGAAGGGGGCGGGGAGGAGGAGACGGCGGGCACCCACACAUCAGGCUCCCCUGGCGAUAGGGGCCAAGGCCGUGGAGAUAGACCCCUCCCAAGUCCCCAACCCCCCAAGCUCAGAACCCAACAAAAAGAGGAACAGAUUGGGGAGGCGAAGGGAGUGCAGGAGGGACGCCCUUCUGUCCCCAUCUCAGGAGCAGGCAGACAGACCAACAAAAAGGGGCAGGGGGUGGGGGUGGGGGCUUCAAUGACCACCUCUUCCCCCUGCCCCCCUCCCCGGCCGCCGGAGGGUGCCUUCCCCUCCCCCACCACAGACACAGACAGACAAAAGGACAGACAGACCCAAGCCCGGAUGGCCCCGGGAGGGGGACGGGGGCGGCUCCCCCUCCCGCCCCACGCCGGAGUGUCCCGAGUCUGGGCCAGGGGGCGGGGAGGGGGGGCUCUUUACCCGGUACCGGGCGCUCCAGACCCCCACGCUGGGCCCCGCCUCCGGCCGGCCAGACAGACGGACCGCCGGACAAUGGACCCCGGGUUCGCGGCUCGGGCCACGCCAGGGCCGGGGCCUUUCCGGGCCGGGGCCGGGCGGGCUCUGGCCGGGCCGUGCGCGGGGAUUCUGCGGACGGCGCUGCAGACGGACAAAGCCAGCGGCAGACAGACAGACGGAGGGGGGAAAAGAUGGCGACGCGAGCGGCGGGAGCGCGCCGCUCGUGCACCCGCUAGCGGGGCGGGGGGGGAGCCGCGUGCACGAGCCGGAGCCGCGCCCCCGCCUCCCUCAUCCCCGCUCGCAGCCGCCGCCGGCUCCUCCUCCUCCUUUCCUCCUCCUCCUCCCCCACCUCCCCGCGGGCGGGGCCGGGGCGGGGCCUCCCUCCGGAGCCCCCCCCCCAACCCUUUCCAGUCCGCCCUCGGGGUCCGGGCCUCCCUUCUCCUCUACUGUCAAGUUCAACCGCAGACCCCACAUUCCUGCCCCCCCCGCCUCAGCCCGCCCCCCCAAACCCCGAAGUGCCCGACUCCUUCCGGCCUUCCUGCCAGAGCGCACACGGGGCGAGGGGGGGCCUGGGUCGCCAUACUCUUCGACAAGAUCAAUGGUCAAAUGAUUGUCAGAGCCUGA